AUGUCUGACAAGCGGUCACGACAUGCCAGUGAUGCGAAAUCACAUCAAAGCCGCCGAAGCUCGUAUCACACGAGGAGCGAGGCGAGCUUCAGCACGGCGUCCUCCGGUCUCAGUGAAGCCCGCCGCCGGGCUGCACUUAGCCAGCUCCAGGCGGAACAGGCCCAGCGCGCCGCCGCCGCCAAGGCUGAGCUGGCCCGGCGUCUGGCGGAGGCGGACGCGGAGCAGGCCCGACGACAGGCGGAGCAAGCCCGACAACAGGCGGAGGCGCAGGCAGAGCAGUCCCGGCGGCAGGCGGAGCAGGCAGAGGCGCAGGCAGCCCUGGAGGCACAGGCGGCGAAGGAUGAAGCUGAGUGCCGUCAGCUGGAGCUGGAGCUGCUGGAGCAGGAGGAGCGGGGUUCGCAGCACCCUCGUUCUUCCGCUGCACCAUCCGUCGCUGGUCUUCCGGUGGUUGCAACUGAGCCACCGGCACUGGUGGACGUGUCUCGACAAACGGACGAGUCAACCACGCGCACCCGACAGUGGCUGGCUCAGUCUCAGCUGCAUGUGCCGCCAGUGGAUACGGCUCCUGUCGGCACCCUGCCUCCACCUGCGGUGCGGCUGCAGCACCCGUCCCGUGACGACACCAGAGCGGUCCCACAUCUGCCGCGCAUCACGCUGGAGAAGUUCGGCGGCUCUGCCAUCGAGUGGCCGCGGUGGAUAGCCCUCUUCAAAGCGCUGGUACACGACCGCGCCGACCUCACCGACGUAGAACGGCUGACCUAUCUGCAGACUCACCUGACGGGGCCGGCGAGAGAGUCUGUGCGGGGCAUGCUCUGCGACGCCAGUCUAUACAGCACCGCCCUGUGUGAGCUGGAGCGAGAGUUUGGUGACCCGUCCCGUGUGAUACAUGCCACGAUGAAAAGACUGCUCACAGCGCGGGCGGUGAAAGAUGGCGACCUGUCAGCGCUGACAGAGCUGUCUCGUGAGCUCCACACCGCGGUGAGCGUCCUACAGUGUCUGCACUACGAGCACGACCUCGCUGCCGCCACGAACGUCACCACUGUGACUGGGAAGCUACCAGCCUCCCUCGCCUGGAGGUGGGGCGAGCACAUGGUGGAAAACGGCAUCACUCGUCCGACGCUCGUCGAUCUCGACGAAUGGCUUCGCCGUCAUGUGUCAGCUGGUCGGUUGGCCUUGAACGUGACCACCAAGCAGCCGCCGAAGGUCGAGGCUAACGACGCUGAGUGCCGCCCGAGACGCGUGUUUACCACCACGUCGGCGCGGCCCACGCCGGCGGCUGUAAAGCGGGGGAGGACGGCGGCCAUAAAACCAUCAGCGGACGGGAACAGCGCCGGCUGUGCCAUGUGUCAGCAAACACACCAGCUCCAGCGCUGUGACAAAUUUCUCGCGUUGACUGUGAGUGAAAGGGCAGAGUUUGUCGGCAGAAACAGACUGUGUUUCAACUGCCUGGGCCGCGAUCACAUCAGCGCUACGUGUCCCAGUGAUGCACGAUGUGACGCGGAGCACUGCAGCAGGCGUCAUCACGCGCUGUUGCACAACGGCAGACGAGUGUUUCCGCGGAGUGAUAACGCUGGUGGCACGCCGUCAUCCACCAAACACGUCGGCACAGCGUCGGUCGAACCUCGCGGUCAUAUUCUGCUGCAGGUGGUACCCAUCACCGUGAAUGGUCCGGCAGGUAGCCGCACCACAAACGCGCUAUUGGACUUAGGAAGCCAGGUCACACUGGUCACCGACGGCCUGUGUGACCGGCUCGGCAUCUCGGGGCCCGCGGGCAAAGUGUUGCUGAGCACUCUGAACGGCAACCAAACGAUGCAGUCACGGCGCGUAUCGUUUGCUGUUGAGGCUGUGGGCGGCGACGGCAAGGCGCACUGCAUACAAAACGCCCAAACGACGCCGACGUUAAACGUGUCAGCCAAGGUCAUGGACUGCACGGUGGCAAAGGAGGAAUGGCCGCACCUGGCCGACCUGGAUCUCCCCAGCGCCACCCGCGACCCGGUGGAGGUGCUCCUGGGGACGGACGCCAUCGAACUAAUUGUGCCACGGGAAGUGAUUGAAGGGCCGCCGGGGACGCCGUGCGCGGUAAAAACCGUGCUGGGAUGGUCAGUGACCGGGCGAGUGCCGGGGCGUUCCAUGUAUGAACAAGGUGAACACGCUGUGCACCAUGUACGUGUCAGUGACGAGAGGAGUGCGCUCAUCGAACUUCAGAAUCAAGUAAAGCUGUUCUGGACGACCGAGGCUUUCGGUACAAAAUACGAAGGUGCACAACUGCACUCGAAAGCAGAUCAGAGAGCCAUGUCCAUUCUGGAGAGCGUCACGAGAAAGACCGGCGACCGAUACGAGACCGGUCUCCUGUGGCGUGAUGACGAGGUGCAACUCCCAGACAACCGUCAGACUGCUCUUACGCGUCUGAAGGCGGUGGAGAGACGCCUGGACCGAGACCCUGACCUCUGUCGGUCGUAUCGAGACACGAUGAACGACUACAUCACCCAAGGUCACGCCAGCAAGGUCAGCGGAGAGCAGCGCACGCACGGGCGGACGUGGUAUCUGCCCCACCACGCCGUUCAAAACCCCAACAAGCCAGGGAAGGUGCGUGUCGUGUUCGACGCGGCGGCGAGGUGUGGUGGCACGUCACUGAACGACAAUCUCAUCACUGGACCCAACAAUCUGAACUCACUCACCGGUGUGCUCAUGAGGUUCCGACAGGGCCGCGUGCCGAUCGCGUCUGAUGUGAAACAGAUGUUUCACCAGAUAGCCGUCCGUGCUGAGGACCGACAGGCACAGCAGUUUCUCUGGCGUGAUAUGGACAUGACGAAGGAGCCAGAGACGUAUCAAAUGAACGUGGUCAUCUUUGGUGCAAAGUCAUCACCAAGCACGGCCACCUACGUGCUGCGACGGUGCGCAGAAGACGGCAGAGACAAACACCCUCGGGCGGCCGACAAGAUCGUCAGCCGCUUCUACAUGGACGACUACCUGGACUCCGUCGACACCGAGAGAGAGGGACGGGAGCUGGUCAACUCGCUCAACUCUCUGCUGAGCGCCGGCGGCUUCCACCUGACAAAAUGGACGAGCACGUCAGACGUGGUGCUGAAGGACGUGGCGCCUGAGGACAAGUGUGAGGAGUCACGCGACCUUGACCUGACCGGUGAGAACAGAUGGAUGAAGACGCUGGGCGUUCACUGGUGCGCUCAGGAUGACCAAUUCAGGUUCAAGGUCAAGAAAGUCGACAGUGGGAACACCAAGCGUUCCAUCCUGAGCAUCACGUCAGCAGUGUUCGACCCGCUGGGCAUGUUGGCUCCGUUCAUUGUCCGUGCGAAAUGUCUCAUCCAAAGGAUCUGGCUCGGCGGAUGGGACUGGGACGAGGCCAUCAGCGACAGUGAACUCCUCGUUCAGUGGCACAGCUGGCAGCGGGAGCUGAACGACACGGACUGCGUGCGAGUGGGCCGCUGUUAUCGCCCUGACGACAGAGCGAUCGUAAACUGUCAGCUGCACGUGUUCGGUGACGCCUCUGAGCUUGCGUUCGGUGUGGUGGCGUAUCUGCGGUUCGAGCUCGAGGAUGGCACCGGCUAUUGCAGCUUCGUGAUGUCCAAGGUGCGAGUCGCACCCAUCAAACAGCUCAGCAUACCUCGACUGGAGCUACAGGCCGCCGUCAUGGCCGUCCGCGUGGCUGACACCAUCAAGGCAGAGCAUGAUAUGGCCAUCAACGAGACCGUCUUCUGGAGCGACUCGUCCACCGUGCUCCAUUGGAUCAACAGCGAGAGCAGGCGGUUUAACACCUUCGUCGCAAACCGCAUCGCCGAGAUCCAGGAUGCGUCAGACGUGACUCAAUGGCGACACGUGCCAGGGCCACUGAACCCAGCGGACAUAUGCAGCCGAGGCUGCUCGGUGACGGAGCUGGCGCCCGGCGGCGUGUGGGUUCAAGGUCCGGCCUUCCUACGGCGCCGUCACCAGGACUGGCCCGCCGCGCCGCCCCGCACGACGGAGCGCCCGAGAGACGAGGAAACGGCCGAAAUGAGGGUAAUAGCCUGCGCCACUGGGGGAGCUGAGCCGGCCAUAAACCCCAGCCGGUUCUCAUCAUGGCUCAGGCUGCUGCGUGUGACAGCGUGGGUGCGCCGCUUCGCUCACAACAGCCGCAGCCGAGCAGCAGCUGAUCGGCGGACGGGACCGCUGACUGCUGAAGAGCUGAGAGAAGCUGAGCGUGUCUGGCUGCUCAGCACACAGGCCGAGCAGUUCGGCGAUGAAGUUGCAGCUCUCCAGCACGGAAGACGGCUCCCAUCGAACAGCGGACUGCAUCAGCUGACACCCUUCCUGGACUCGACCGGCCUACUGAGAGUCGGGGGCCGGCUGCGCCACGCCCAGAUGGACUUCGAGGUCAAGCACCAGGUGAUACUACCUGCACGCGGAGACAUCACUCGGCUGAUCAUCACCGACCGACACAAGAAGCUCGCCCAUUCCGGUGCUGAACACGUGCUGACUCACCUGCGGCAGCAGUUCUGGGUCAUCUGUGGCAGAGCUGCAGUGAAGCGGUACACACGUGCCUGCAUGCUGUGCCGGAAACGGUCAGCCCGGCCAGCGCCGCCGCUGAUGGGUGAUCUACCAGCCUUCCGAGUGGGCGAGCCGGCCCCGGUCUUCGCUCGUGUAGGAGUGGAUUUCUUCGGCCCCCUGACGGUGAAGAAACAUCGCAAACGAGAAAAGAGAUAUGGCUGCCUGUUCACCUGCCUGUCUACCCGAGCAGUCCAUAUCGAACUGGCGCACUCACUGGACACCGACUCGUUCAUCAUGGCCAUGCGACGAAUGAUGGCGAGACGGGGCAACGUCAGCCUCGUGUGCUCGGACAAUGGCACAAACUUCCGUGCUGGUGAGCGGGAACUGCGGCAGGCACUGCAACAGUGGAACCAGACAAAGAUAGCGGACACGCUGUCUCAAGAAGGAGUUGAGUGGCGGUUCAACCCACCAGGAGCACCGCACUUUGGUGGCGUGUUUGAGCGACUGGUCCGGUCCGCCAAACGCGCACUGACGACUGUGCUGGGAGACCGAGCCGUGGACGAUGAGACGCUUCGAACGGUCGUCACCGAGGUGGAAGGGCUCCUGAACGGCCGUCCGCUGACCUACAUCAGCACCGACCCGGGCGACUACCAGCCACUCACCCCCAAUCACUUCCUGAUCGGUCGCGCGUCUCCCCAGCUGCCGCCCGGUGUGUUCGUCGACGGUGACCUGUGCGGCCGACGGCGCUGGAAGCACACCCAGGUGUUAAUCGACCACAUCUGGCGGCGCUGGCGACGGGAAUACCUCCCGACACUCACCACGCGGGUGAAAUGGCGCGCAGACACGGCUGACGUGCAGCUCGGGGAGCUAGUGCUGGUGACAGACGACAAUCUGCCCCGCGGACACUGGCCUGUGGGGCGAGUGGUGAACGUGUUCCCUGGCGCCGACGGCCGAGUGCGGGUGGUUGAAGUGGCCACUGCCACUGGACGCUAUAGGCGGCCGGUCUCUCGUCUCUGCCGUCUCGAGUGCGAUGGUGACGGACAGUAA